AUGGCUACUGAAUUGUCGAAUUUAUGUAAGCGAACAAGCUCUAUCAUGAGUUUAGUGUCUGCAAUGGUUAUUGGUUGCUCAGAAAAUCAAAUAGUUCACGGAUACAAAACGUUUGGAGCUUUUCUUUUUAUUUGUGGAUGGUCAGCAGCAACUUUACUACUUUGUCAUUCAGGAGAGAAACUAAUGAACUUUACAUACGAACUUCGAGAAAACAUAUGUAAUUCUGACUGGUACCUAGCUACACCUUCGGUACAAAAAGAUAUUUGCUUUAUCCUGUUAAGAUGUCAAAAGCCUCUUUAUUUAAAAGCUUUACCGUUGGGCACAAUAAAUAACGCAAUGUUUGUGAUGGUAAUGAAAACGUCAUAUUCCUAUUUUACUCUAUUGAAUCGCACGAUGUAA